AUGCUUGGCUCGAGCGAGCUUGGCCCCAGGGAGCCGAUUAACGGCAAUAUCACCCCUACUGAGCAGCGCGAGCCAGUUUCGGGCGGCGUGUACAGCCCUUUCUGCAACUGGUGGACCUUUGAUAUACGACACACGCUUGAGUUGGUUCAGUUGGACGACUUGGCCAAUGGGGUGUCUGAAGACGAUGUUUUUAGACGCGCGGCAGAGCUCGGCAACAACAAGAUUACCAUUGCCGGUGCACCGAGUCCCCUUUGGAUUUUCUGCAGACAGUUCAUGAACAGCAUUACUAUCAUUUUGACUAUUGUGAUUGUGAUCAGCGCCAUUUCCGAUGACUGGGCGGAGUUUGGCGUGGUGUUGUUCAUUCUGAUAUUUAACGCCUUAUUGGGGUUUUACCAUGAGUACAGGGCGGAGAAAUCGCUUCACAGUUUGAAGGAAAUGACGGUGGGCAGCGCGAAGGUCCUCCGCGAUGGGUCGGUGGAGGUUAUUUUUAUCGACGAAGUUGUUGUGGGUGACGUCAUCAUUUUGGAACAGGGCGCUUCGGUACCAGCGGAUUGCCGCCUCGUGGAGAGCAGCGGGUUGGAGGUGGAUGAGGCACUCCUCACAGGCGAGGCGGUGCCGGUGGUGAAGCACAUUGCCGCUAUCCCCGAUCCAGACGGCCUGUGUGCGUUGGGUGACCGCAAAAAUAUGGUGUACCGCAACACGAUGGUCACGCAGGGCCACGGGAAGGCGGUUGUGGUCGCCGCUGGCGCACACACAGAGAUCGGGAAACUCGCGGAGCGCCUUGGGGAAGGCUCAGGCACGGAGAAGACGGAACUUAUGAAGACGCUGGAUUAUAUGAUGUAUUUACUCUUUGGCUGCUGCAUCGUGCUCGUCGUUGUUGUGUUCGCUGCGAAUAAGUUUAAGUACCACCAAAGCACCCUGUCGUACGCGACAGCGGUCGCCAUUGCCAUCCUUCCCGAGUCUAUGGUGGCGGUGGUCACUGUGUCUAUGACGGUUUCCGUCAAGCGCAUGGCGAAGCAGAAGUGCAUUGUGCGCAGGUUGGCGGUGCUGGAGGUGCUCGGUAACGUUACAGACAUCUGCUCCGACAAGACUGGGACGCUGACAGAGAACAAAAUGGCGGUCAAAAAUAUCAUUGUCGGAAGAAAUGAUGAACUCUUCGUUACGGGAGCCCCAGAUGAGAGAUAUGGAAUAUUUAUGCGCGGUGGAGAGACGCCGGUGCACAUGGUGGAAGUCUACGCGACCGAUAAACUGCUAUAUGAAUUUAUGCGCUGCGCAGCCCUUUGUGGUACGACUGUCCUGAAGGUCAAUGCAGAGGAUGCAGACCGCCUUUGUGGCACUGGAAACCCAACAGAGGUGGCGAUUCAGGUGAUGUCGUGGAAGGCUGAGCUUGACAGAGCUCAACUGGAAAGUGAGGGAUGGGAGUGUAUUGCGGAAUACCCGUUUGACUCCAAAAUCAAGCGGAUGACGACGGUGUGGCACAACAAGAUUACAGAUAGCUUGUACAUGUGCACAAAAGGUGCCCCCGAGCGUAUUCUUGAUCUUUGCUCCACCAUUGUUUCGCGGGCGGGGAAGCAUGUGGCCUUGACAGAAUCGGAUCGUCAAACGAUAGACAAAAACAUUAGGAAGUUGGCGUCGGAGGGGCUCCGUACAAUCUGUCUCUCCACGCGACCAUGCACCUUGGAGCAAUUUUCAAUCCCCGCUGAGGAAACCUUCCUGGCCACCCACGCCCGCGAGGUGAUUGAGCAGGACCUCUCGUUUCUUGGAAUUGUUGGGAUUUGCGACCCUCCACGCGCGGAAUCGCUCCCUUCAGUCAUUGCCUGCCAGCACGCCGGGGUUGUGGUGCGUAUGUUGACUGGCGACCAUAUAACCACCGCGGGAUGCAUUGCCGUCAUGCUGAAUAUCAUCAACAAAACAGACCUUGGUAACAAUAUGAAGUUGCUGAGCGGUCCUGAGUUUGAUAGAACCGAAAUGGAAGCCAUUGCUGAAUGGGAUGAUCUUCCACUCGUUGUUGGGCGGUGCUCGCCGGAGUCCAAGGUGAAGAUGAUUGAGUGCCUGCACAAGCGCAAGCGGGUGGUAGCGAUGACAGGAGACGGGUUCAACGAUUCGCCAAGUAUUAAGAUUGCCGAUGUUGGCUGUGCAAUGGGGUCUGGCACGGACGUCACUAAAGGUGUUGCGGAUAUUAUUAUCACGGACGACAAUUUUUCUACCAUUGUGAAGGCGGUGACGGAGGGCCGGCGCAUCUCACAGAACAUAAGGAAGUUUGUGGUGCAUCUGCUUUCCAGUAACGUUGCAGAGGUGAUUGCACUCAUCUGCGGUCUUCCCAUCCGCAGUGAGGGGGUUUCUUUGUUUGUGUUGUCGCCCAUCGAGAUUUUAUGGCUAAAUAUGUUUACUUCCGGCCCUCCCGCAAUAGGACUGUCGUUAGACACCGCAGCCGCCGACGUGCUUCUCGUGCCUCCGAACACGGCAGGUCUUUUCACCUUUGAACUGGUCUCUGACACGGUGGUGUACGGGUUUUGGCUCGGCCUUUGCUCUCUGUCCGGGUUUGUUUUUAUUGUGUACGGCGUGCAUGACGGUCCGUCCGGCACCAACUGCAACUCGCACAACGGGGUUGGAUGCCAAGAUGUUUGGCGCGCGCGUGCCACGACCUUUGGAAUACUUUACUUUGGUUUAUUGCUGCACGCGUACACCGUUCGCCACACGCGACAGUCCAUAUUUUUGAUGAAGUGGUUCGACAAUGUCGUGAUUUACAGCUCCGUGGGUGUUGCGGCUGCUUUAUUCAUUCCUAUUCUGUACGUCGACGUCGUGGCGCACAACGUCUUUGUGCACGACAUGCUAACGUGGCACUGGGCUGUCAUUGGUGUGCUUUUGGUAUUUUUCAUGGCUAUGUGUGAGCUGUAUAAAGUCCUGAAGAACUGCUUCUUCCCGAUGAAGCGGGUGUCGGUGCGCCCGGAGGAGGACGUGGAGGAGGAGUACCGUCUCUUCGCCAUCUCGAACGCGGACAACAGAGACGUUGAGAGCAUUGCUGAGGAGCAACUGCGUAUGUCUUUUGCAUCCAUCAAUGGAAGCGCUACUAGCAUUGGAACGCAUCACGGGAAGAAGGAAAGAUACAGAAGGCAGCGCUAG